AUGCAGUUGAAAUUCGCAAGCCUCGACGAUCGUCUAGGGAAUAUCGAAAAUGCCAUUUCAGGAAUCAAACCGUUGUUGGCAUCAUUGGCAUCCAUAAUCGAAACGAGACCGCAAACCUCUGCCUUGGUUCCACAGCCACAAAGCCCACUGUCAGAGUCCCGAUGUGCAAGUAGUAUCAUGACGAACAUCUCGCCCCAGCUACAAACUCUAACUCCGCAGAGCAUAUUCCCUCCCGUCCAUACUUUGCUAUUUGCAGCUGAUGUGUACUUCCGCUUCUGUCACAACCAACCAUAUUCCCUAUUCCACGAAGCGACACUCAGACACCGGCUAGCAUCAGGACAAGUUCCUACCCACCUUGCAUGGGCGAUACUGUCCGCUGCACGAAGGUUCUCAAGUUUACCGGAUUUACACGAAAGCAUAUCUGACGACCCCUUAUCCCUUACCAAGCUGGCAUGGGAAUCCCUCGAUCUACCAUGGGAAGGUGCUAAAAACGAUCAAGAGGCAGUCGCUGUGGUACAAACUAUCAUUCUGCUUGUUAAUAUUGAACAUCCAGCUGGGAACUGUGCCGGAUCCUAUAUGAAGCUUGGAUUUGCUCUCCGGAUUGCUUUGCAUUCUCGAUUGAACCUGGAGCCAGAAGAUGAUCUACCCCCCGUGUUUCGAGAAGAACGCAAGAGAGUGUUCUGGUCUGCUUAUCUUCAGGAUAAAUUGAUUUCACUCUCCCGAGAACGUUCCCCAGUCUUACAAGACGAAGUAUGCCGCAUCUCGCUUCCCUGCUCCGAAGUCGCAUUUCGAGACAGCCGUAAAGAGGAAUGCCCAACGCUUGACUGUUUCAAUGGGGAACGUGUAGACGAAAAGGCGGCGGAGAAAUGCUGCCCUCUCGCUCUGAUAGUCGUCAUUGGAUCUGCUCUGAAUCGCGUGUCGAAUUAUGCCCUGCACGAAAAUCGAUUCUCUGAGCUUGGACUUCCCUGGUCUCCCUCUUCGCCUUAUACUUCAAUCUCGGCUUCUCUUCUGCAGCUGGAAGUCAACUUUGGAUUGAAUGAUCCCACAGAAGAGGCACUGGGAAGGUUGGUAAAUGGGACUGCGGACCAACAAGUGAAGGGCUCUUUUAUCUAUGCCAAGGCUAUUUUCCACCUCUCCCACUGCCUCCUCCAUCACCCCUUUCUCUUACAUCAGCGACUGCAGCGCUUGCAGCAAAGAGCCCCUGCAAGUUUUGCAAAGACAGCGUGGGAUACAUGCAGAAUGCACGCCAAGAGUAUCACAGGGCUCAAGGACCUGAGGAACCAAAAUGUUCUUAUCCUUCCAUCGCUAUACGCGUAUUGCACCAUGAUUGCGGGCACUAUCCACGCGUUGUGUCUGAGUGACCAUGACCCGGCAAUCAGCGGUGAAGCGAAUAUCCACUUCAAAUAUGCCGUCGACUUUCUUCAUGACCUUGCUCGCUACUGGGCUCAUGCGGGUCUGAUGGCUACCCGGCUUGAGCGAUUCCGCAAGUCCGUUGAAGGAAAGCCACUCCUGAGUUACACACGAAAGGAACAUAGUGGGUUGCUCCCAGUAGAUGCAAAGACCUUGUGGCAAAGCGUGGAUUAUGCGCUCCUUUCCACCCCUACACGCCCAGGGAGCCCGAGUCUCCAAGCGGAAGCGGUUCAGACUUCCGAAUUCGAUUUCUCCCCCAGUCUGCUCUUCGACUUUCCGGUACCAGAUUUUGGAGGUAUGCAAAAUGUGGACAUGGGCGACUUUGAGGGAUUGAUAAGUCUGGACGAAGGAGAUAUGGUUGCGUGA